AUGGUGAAGAGUUGGGAACAUGUCUAUCUGUAUAUUUGGCGAAGUUGGGGCGGAAGCGGAAUGGACUGGGAGAAAUGGAGAGGAAAAUGGGAAAGCAUGAACAACAAAAGUUUUGGCGUUCCAAUGCUUUGCCGAGAGAUGGUUUUCAGUCUUCGGAGGGAAUGGAACGGGAAUGAAUGGGAACGGGGAGCCAGGCAUUGGGCGAUGAUGCUGUACCAUACCAAGACCGACACACACAACCACCACACAGAGGAUCCCUAA